AUUUCUAUUUCUUUUUUCUUUUUCUUUUGAACUUUUUUUUUUUCUUUUUAUCCUAUCAUGGGUAGACUUCUUCAAAUCGAAGUAGAAAACUUCAAGUCAUAUAAAGGUCAUCAAAUCAUUGGACCUUUUCACCAUUUUACUUCUGUCAUUGGACCUAAUGGAUCAGGUAAAUCCAAUUUAAUGGAUGCUAUUUCUUUUGUAUUGGGUGUCAAUUCGGCUCAUUUGCGUUCACACUCUAUCAAGGAUAUGAUAUAUCGUGCAAGUGCUCUACAACCUCAAGAUGAUAACACCUCUACAACUGCUCGUACUACCUCAAGGGGUCCUCGACAAGCUCAUGUUACUGCCGUAUUCGAAAAGGAUGAUGGUCAACAAGUUCGUUUUAUGCGUACUGCUUUUCAAACUGGACAAUCAGAAUAUAGAAUCAACAACAAGCAAGUACCAUACUCGGAGUACAAUGCCACUUUGGAAAAGGAAAGUAUUCUGGUCAAGGCAAAGAACUUUUUAGUCUUUCAAGGUGACGUUGAAUCAGUAGCAAGUCAAAAUCCCAAUGAACUUACAAAGCUUAUUGAACAAAUUAGUGGUUCUUGGGAAUACAAGGAAGAGUAUGAUCGAUUAAAAGUUCAACUUGAUACUGCAGUAGAAAACAAUGCUCAUGCUUUGAACAAAAAACGUGGUAUUACAUUGGAAGUCAAACAAUAUCGACAACAAAAGGAAGAAGCCGAACGAUUUACUCAACUCUUACAGGAACGUCGAGAAAUGUCAGCUCGUUACUUGGUUUGGAAAUUGUAUCAUGUGGAACAAAAGAUUCAUGCUAUGGAAGAAGACGCUAAUAACAAGAAAAUUGCUGUUAAUGGAGUAACUACUGAUCAGCUGGCAUUGGAGAACAAAUUCAAGUCUGUCAGAAAGGAAAAAGCUUUGAUCCAUCGUGACAGAACUCGACGGGAAUUACAAAUCAAGAAGGCCAAAAACGAUCUUGCAGAAAAGCGUCCAGCCUCUAUCAUGAUACAAGGAAAGGUCGAACAUUUGGAAAAGAAGAUUGAGCAAAUUCAACAAAAUGGAAACCGCACUCAAAAUGAUUUUGAACAACAGAAACAACAUGUCGCUGAUAUUGAAAAUGCUCUCCAAUUGUUACAUUCUGAAGAAUCCAAAUAUAAUGAUGAACUGGCACAGACCAAUUAUGAUCAAGGCCCACAUCUUACUGCCGAACAAAUGACGACCUAUGAACAACUGAAACAAGCAGUGAAUGUGGAAUCCAAUAAAGAGCAGGAACAAAUCUCAAAUCUCCAACAAAAGCGAAAACUGGUGGUACAAGAAAUAGAUCGACAAAAAUCAAAAUUGGCGCAACUCGAAGCCAGCGGUGUUCGAUACAAGGACGACAGACAACAAGUGAUGGAACAUGGAAACGCUUUGACGGAGGACAAAUUGAAAAUAUCAAAACAACUGGAAGUACGACAACAAGAACUAUCUAGUCUUGAGCAGCAGCGUGUUGAUAUACAUCGACGUGAAGUGGUAUUGAAUGAACAACUCCAAGGCAUACUUAACCAAUUGAUGGAAGCCAAGGUGAUGCAACAAGAAUCUGACAAGGAUACCAAGUUCAAGGAAAGCUUGGCUCAAAUGAAACAACUUCAUCCAGGUGUGCACGGUGCACUCUCCAAACUAUGCAAGCCAACACAACGUAAAUAUGGACUCGCUGUCAGCACAAUUCUAGGACGCAAUUUAGAUGCUAUUGUUGUUGAUGAUCAAAAGACCGCCAUCGAUUGUAUUCAAUAUUUACGAGAACAACGUUUAGGUAGUGCCACCUUUUUACCACUCAACACAUUAUCCAUUCCCCCUAUCAAUGAUCGACUUCGCAACUUACCUCGAGCAAGUCUUGCUGUGGAUGUGAUCCAAUGUGACCAUCUUUAUGCUCCUGCUGUUCAAUAUGCUUGUGGAAAUAGUAUUAUUUGUGACAAUUUAGCUAGUGCAAAACGAAUUUGUUAUGAAAUGGGUGAAGAUGUCAAAGCUGUGACAUUGGAUGGAAGUGUUAUUCAUCGAAGUGGUUUGAUGACGGGUGGACCAAGUACUUCACAAAAUGACAAGAUAUGGGACGAAACAGAUGUUGAAGGUUUAAUGCGUACUCGUGACAAGAUUUUGGCUGAAUUGAAUGAACUCUGUCGCAACAAACGUAUGGGUAGUGCUGAAGAACUUGCCAAAAGUGAUUGUGAUGGUUUGUCAAGUCGAUUAUCCGUUAUUCUUGAUGAAAUUAAAAUUGAAGAACAACGUCUCAAAGAUAUCGAUAGCUCCUUGCAAAGCAUUCAAGACAAUAUGAUCAUUCAUCAACAACAAAUUGCUCAUAGUGAAUCAGCACUCACCGCAUUAGAUAAUCAGAUACAACAAGUCCAGGAAUUAGUGGCCGUGGUGGAAGAUCGUAUUUUUGGUGAUUUCUGCAGUGUAUUAGGCUUGUCCAAUAUUCGAGAAUAUGAAGCAUCACAAUUCACUGUACCAGAACAAGUUCGGGAACAAAGGGCCAAGUUUAACACACAACGAUCAAGAUUACAGACACAAUUAUCAUUCGAUAAAGAACAAUUGGAAAACCUUCAAGGACGAUUAGUGAAAUUGACGGAAUCCCUUCAAGAAUCACAACAAGAAAAGCAACGAUAUGAGGCAGAAUUGGUCAAUCUGGGCGAGCUUCAGCAACAACUCACCAACGAUGUGGAAAAUUAUCAGGUGGAAUUACAGAAACAAAUUGAACAAGAAAAGAGUAAACAACAAGAGUUGGAUGAUAUUCGACUUUCUUUAGAAGAACGAGGAAAGGAUAUGGACGCUUAUCUCAAGGAAAUGGCUCAGAUGGAAUCCAAAAUUGAAAAGAUUCGUGCUGAACGUGCUGCCAUUUUCCGAAAAUGCAAAUUGGAGGAUAUUCGAUUACCUUUGAUUAGUGGUAGUAUGGAUGAUGUUCUUAUGGAUGAUGCUAAUGUAGUGGCGUCAGAUGCAAGUACUUCAAGUUCUAUGGAUACAAGUUCUAUGGAUAUCGAUGAUCCAACCAAUGGAGCGAUAUUAUCUACGGAUUGGAUUGUUGAAGUGGAUUACUCUGUCUUAGAUGAUGAUGAACGCAAUGACAAUAGUGCUCAACUAGAAAAACGAUACCUAGAUGAUCUCAAAUCCCGAAAUGAAGUGAUUGAAAAAAUGGCCCCCAAUUUGAAGGCAAUUGAUCGAUUGGAAGGUGUAGAACAACGUUUGGGUGAUAUGGAAGAUGAAUAUAAAUCAGCAAGAAAAGUGGCAGAAACAGCAAAGGAAAAAUUCGACAAGGUGAAAAACAAACGUCGUUCACUCUUUCAAUCUGCUUUUACUCAUAUCUCUGAACAUAUUGAUCAAGUUUACAAAGAACUGACAAAAACGUCAACAUUCCCCUUGGGUGGUACUGCUUACUUGACACUGGAAGAUACGGAUGAACCUUACCUGAAAGGAGUUUUGUACCAUGCUAUGCCUCCUAUGAAACGAUUUAGAGAUAUGGGUCAAUUAUCUGGUGGUGAAAAAAGUAUGGCUGCUUUAGCCUUGUUAUUUGCUAUUCGAAGUUAUCAACCUUCUCCAUUUUUUGUUUUGGACGAAGUGGAUGCUGCCUUGGACAAUACCAAUGUGAAGAAAGUGGUUGGAUAUAUUCGACGACAUGCAAAUGAUCAAUUCCAGUUUAUUGUCAUUUCUUUCAAAAAUAUUUUAUACGAACGUGCUCAAAGCUUGGUUGGUAUCUAUAGAGACAAUGAUCUUAACUCAAGUAAAUCUCUCACUUUGAAGUUGGACGAAUACGAUGAAGCAUAGAUAUUGAUAGUCUAUAUUUUUUUUUCUUUCUUCCCUUAUGUUGUAAAUAAAGAAAGAUCCUCUGAUACUUUCUCUGGAACUUUUUCAAAAUC